AAUGCCUAAGUUUUAUUGUGAAUAUUGUGGAAUUUAUUUAACACAUUCAUCACCAAGUGGAAGAAAAUAACACUCCCUAGGAAAAAAACAUAUUAGUGCUAGAGAAGAUUAUUAUAGAGCUGUAAUGAGUGAUUUAGUAGAUUAAUUGAAAGCAUCUUUUUAGAAGAAUAUAAUCCCAACCUUUAUAUCUAAAGACACUAUUAAAAGAUUACUCAUUACACACUCUUCAGUAUUUUAAGGCUUACUAACUCCUGCGUUUGUAGAAACUAUUGAUAGUUUAGGAUUGAGUGGCACAAGGACCUAAUACAUGCCCUAACCUACGUUGAUCCUUCCUCCAUAAGGAGCUUAUUAACCUAUGUCUUAUAAUAUGAUGCCCCCAGGAAUGCAAAUGAGAUAUUGA